CCGCCCCCCGCGCCCCCCCGCCCCGCGCACAGGUGAGGCGCGCCAGUGUGUCCCGCGCCGGCUAGCUGCGAGCUGUUGACGCGGCGUGUGAUAGUUACAGUGACACGACGACUGACCGCACUCGGGACACGGGACCCGCACGGGAGUCACAGUUUCUACACCGGCAUGUCUGCAUAAGCCGAACUCAACAAAAUGGCGCUGCGUUCCAGUCGCACCGAACGCAACGAACGCACCGACACGUCGCGUUCGACGCAACGCGCGCUCGAUGAGUUCGACGAACUGGCGGGGCUGCGGGGGGCGGACAGGGGUGGGGAGCGGGGGGCGUAUAGCGUGGAGCAUCUGGCCACCUUCACGGUGACGAGGGAGACCGGGAUCGUGUACCCGGCUGAUGGCAUGAGGAGACUGUUGCAGCUGGAGAAGACUAAUGGAAUAUGGAGUCAAAAGAUGCAAUUAUGCGUGGAAGGGCAGUGGGUGCUAGUAAUGGACUAUGAGACUGGGUCAAUCAUGGAGCGUUUCCCCGGAGGCUACGUGCAUUCCCCCACCGCCUUCACCUCUCCAGAGCCGGCAGAGCUCUACAACAACGUGUUAGCCUUCGUGGUAGGCCCCCCGGCCCCCUCGCCAGGGGCUGAGGACGCUCCGGCGCCAAGGAGGGAACUCCACAUCUUCCAGUGUCACGAUGUCGCCGCGCAUACGCUGGUUGAGGAGUUGAACGCGCUUAAGGGAGGCGGCAGCGGGGGCUCGGGAGAAGGAGCCAGGGACUUCAUCAUAGAGAGAGAAAGAGAGAGGGAGAGAGAAACCGAAAUAGAGAGACCUCGCAGACAGCAAAUGUCAGCGCAGCUCCGCGGGGAGCGUCCGGAGCGGGGCGAGCGCGGGGAGCGGGGCGGGUCGGCGGGGGGCGAGCGCGACGACGCCUCCAGCACCGGCUCCGAGCGGCUCUAUGAACAGGACAUCGCCAUCUUGAACCGUUGCUUCGAUGAUAUAGAAAAAUUCAUCGCCCGUCUACAACACGCCGCCGCCGCUUCUAGAGAGCUCGAGAGAAGGCGGCGUGCCAGAGGCGGAGGCCGAAGACAACAGGCCACAGGAGACGGCAUGCUCGCCCUCCGCACCAGACCACCGCCAGAACGGGACUUUGUCGAUGUCCUCCAAAAGUUUAAACUCUCCUUCAAUUUGCUCGCUCGACUGCGCGCGCACAUCCAUGACCCUAAUGCUCCGGAGCUGGUGCAUUUCCUCUUCACGCCUUUAGCGCUGAUUGUGGAUGCAGCUCAAGAUGCUGCAGAACGUCCGUUGCCUCCGAGAGUGGUACAGCCUUUGCUGACCAGAGAUGCCCUGAAUCUACUAGCAAACUGCGUGACGAGCAAAGAAACUGAACUUUGGCACAGCCUUGGUGACGCGUGGUUAAUACCCAGAGAGCAAUGGAAGACUUCGAUUCCUCCAUACCAGCCAGUAUUCAUGGAUGGCUGGUCUCCAGACUACCAAGUAGAUGACCAACCCCUACGCAGACCAUCACCACGCAGCCCGGGCGGGGGUCGCGGGGGUGAGGCGCGGGCGGCCGCGGGGGACGCGGCGGGGGCGGGGGCCGAACCCGGGUACAGCUAUGAGAGGGACGAACCUGAUCUUUAUGGAGAGCAGUAUGCACCGUAUCCAAGAAAUACGAGACCCCUUGGGCGAGGUGACUCAGGAUCCAUAGCGUCGUCUCCAGAAAGAGAGCCCACUUACCGCUCCGAUCGAGAUGAUGAUGACCUAGGAGAAGCGUGGGCGCGAGGCGUGGCGGCGCGCGGCGGUCGCGUGGUGCGCGUCACCUACCCGCGGACUGCUAAUAAUGACAAGGAACUUACUGUCGUCAGAGGGGAAUACCUUGAGGUGCUGGACGACUCGCGCAAGUGGUGGAAGGCGCGCAACCGCCGCGGGGUCACGGCGCACGUGCCCCACACCAUCGUGGCCCCAGACGAGCCCAGUCUGUACCCCAACCCCAUCUACACGCACUAUCAGGAUACCGGCGGUCGUGGUUCUGGCGGCAGUUCGCCGACAGCGAGCGGCGGUGCGGACACCGUGGUACCGCCCCCGCCUCCGCCGCCGCCCCCUCUGCCUCCGACGCCUGAACCAGCCCCACGGAACACCGAUACUAUUAAAUCAACACGUUCAAUGAUAAGUAUGGGCGAGGGAGAUAUGCAAGAGGAGUUGAAAGCUGUACUCACACUUUAUCAGCAAAGGAAGAACAAACUCGAUAUAAAGAAAACUCCGGACAUAUUCAUACAAAAAACAUCAAGUCCAGAUGAAAUCGCAGCGUGGCUUGAAGCGAAGGGCUUCAGUGCAGCCACCCAACGCAAGCUACGAAUGGCCGGCCACGAGCUAUUCGCACUGAGUCGAGCUCAACUGGAGCUGUUGGUUGGAGUUGAGGAAGGCAAGCGUCUGUACAGCCAGGUCCUGGUCCAGAGGAACGUGAGCGGGGUGAGUCACGUACAAGACAACAUCAGCAUCGGAACUGCAGAGUAUCUUGAGGAAAGUAAGAGAGAAAGUCGAGGUUUCGUAAAUAUAAUACGCGGUAUCAUUACCUCGAGAGCAAAAAGUGAAGGAACAAAGAUGGCGGUUCAGUCACGUGACAGACGAUAUGCACCCAGUGAUGUGGAGUCGACUUGCUGACAUAUUUAUGUUAAUUAUUUAGGUUUUAUACAAAUUUAAUUAAGUACAAGGACCCAAUUCUGGUGAUUCCGGAGGUAAUCUGAAGUAAUCUCCAGGGUCUCCGAAGUUACCAGAAUUGGGAUCCAAUCUGCCAAAACAUUCCAUUUAAAAAAUCAUUUUCGGGACAACCCACUGGUUGUAACUGGUUGUAAUAACACUUUAUUAAAUGAAAUUGCUACUGUAAGUAUAUUACAUGUAUGAAUAAAUAAUAAUUAAAACACCUGUAACAGUAAAACAUAACAGUAUAUUUGUAUCAAACUCUUAAAAAUAUUGUAAAAUAAGAUAGAUUUAUUCAUGAUCGUGACCAUUCUACAUAUAAUAUGUUUUCACAAAAAGUAAAAAAUAUAGAUAACAAAAAAACUAAAAGACAAACCUACUUACUAUAACAACAACAAAAGAGUGCAUUGCACUAUUCCCGACUUACUCAUUAUUAUCUAGAUACUUAACAUAUCAAGGAAAUUUUAUGGAAUAUUACCUUGAUUUAUAAAAAUAGUUUAAUUCAUACUUAAACUUAAAGUAGGUACCCUUUUGUACUCAGCUACAAAAAAUAUACUUAUUUACAAGUAAAUAAUAUAAAUAUAAUGAGUAUGGCACGAUAUGUUUCAUAUUAUUUAACUAGAUACCUAACUAUAAUCUAGAGUAUUUUGUUGUAAAUAUAAUGUUUAAUAGUUAUGUGUUAUUUGUGUAUUUCUGUCCCAAUUUUUAUAAACAAUAUAAAAUAAAAUAUUCAGGCGUACGCAAUACUCAAAGAAGUAUUUCUAUACAUAUAUCCAGAUAACUCCCAUUUACAAAAAAUACAUUGUCCCUGUAUUAUAAAUCAUCAUCAUUUUUAAAUGCCACAUGUACAUAGUCACAGUAUCCAUAUUAAAUAUGUGCUUUUGCGACCCAAAAUAAUAUAUCAAUUGCUUUACUACGUAUUAUGUACUUAUUACUAUUCUAUACAGCUGCUCUCAGGGCUACAUUUGUGUUUAAAAUAUACUUUCUAGGUUGCAAAAGGUUUAACUAAUAGUUGUUUGAGAGUCUUGUCAGUCAAAAAGUCAAACAUAUCGGCGAUUUGCAAGCCUCUUCUAAUCUUGCAAUUGGUUCUAUGAAUACGGGGUUUAUUUAUAAAGAAAAUUUUUAAAAGUACCUAUGGUUACUACAACUGAUUAGGCGAAUACAUGCCAAAUCCAUUAUGUACAACCAAAUCAUCGUAAAACCAAAA